AUGGCCAAGAGCACCUCGCUGCGCUGCCGGGUGCUGGAGGGGAAGGAUCUGCCCGCCAAGGACGUCUCCGGCUCCAGCGAUCCCUACUGCGUGGUCAAGGUGGACAACGAGGUGGUGGCCAGGACGGCCACGGUGUGGAAGAGCCUGAACCCUUUUUGGGGCGAGGAGUACACCCUGCGCCUGCCCCGCGGCUUCCGCAGCCUCGCCAUCUACGUGCUGGACGAAGACACCAUCGGGCACGACGAUGUGAUCGGCAAGGUCUCGCUCAGCCACCAACAGAUCUCGGCUCAGCCGCGGGGCAUCGACAGCUGGCUCAGCCUGGCACCCGUGGACCCCGACGAGGAGGUGCAGGGCGAGAUCCACCUGGAGGUGCAGGUGCCCGAGCAGGGCCACCCGCGGGUGCUGCGCUGCCACCUCAUCGGGGCCAGGGACCUGGCCCCCCGGGACCCCUCGGGUACCUCGGACCCCUUCGCCCGGGUGUCGUGCUGCGGGCACACGCAGGAGACGGCCGUGAUUAAGAAAACCCGUUUCCCGCGCUGGGACGAGGUGCUGGAGUUCGAGCUGGCGGAGGGCGAGCUGGGGGACGCCGUGCUGAGCGUGGAGGUGUGGGACUGGGACAUCGUGGGCAAGAACGACUUCCUGGGACGGGUCGAGCUCCCCGUGGGCGCCCCGGGUGCCACCAAGGGCUGGUUCCAGCUCCUGCCCUUCGCCAGCAGCGCCGAGGAGCCGGGGGGGCGGCUGGGGUCCCUGCGGCUGGCGGUGCGGCUGGUGGAGGACCAGGUGCUGCCCCCCCACUGCUACCAGCCCCUCAUCCAGCUCCUCGCCGAGCCCAUCCGCUGCCCGGGCCAGCCCCCAGCCGGCACGGCCCUGGCCGUCCUGGAGGAGGCGACCUCGGGGGAGAGCCGCCAGGACGUGGCCACCAAGCUGGUGAAGAUCUUCCUGGCGCAGGGGCUGGCCGUGCCCUUCCUGGACUACCUCAUCGCCCGCGAGCUGGCCAGGACCAAGGACCCCAACACCCUGUUCCGCUCCAACUCGCUGGCCUCCAAGUCCGUGGAGAUGUUCAUGAAGGUGGUGGGGCUGCCCUACCUGCACGAGGUCCUGAAGCCCGUGGUGAACCGCAUCUUCGAGGAGAAGAAGUACGUGGAGCUGGACCCCUGCAAGAUGGAGCUGAGCCGCGGCAGGAGGAUUUCCUUCAAGGGGUCCCUGUCGGAGGCGCAGGUGCGGGAGAGCAGCCUGGGGCUGCUGCAGGGCUACCUGGGGGACAUGGUCGAUGCCAUCGUGGGCUCAGUGGAGAAGUGUCCCCCGCUCAUGAGGGCGGCCUUCAAGCAGCUCCGCAGGCGGGUGGAGGAGCAGUUCCCCUCGGCGCAGCACGAGGAGGUGCGCUACUUCUCCAUCAGCGGCUUCCUCUUCCUCCGCUUCUUCGCCCCCGCCGUCCUCACCCCCAAGCUCUUCGGCCUGCGGGAGCAGCACGCCGACCCGCGCACCGGCCGCACGCUCCUGCUGCUCGCCAAGGCGCUGCAGAGCAUCGGCAACCUGGGGCUGCAGCUGGGCAAGGAGCCCUGGAUGGCCCCGCUGCACGCCGUGCUGCUGCCCAGCGUCACCCGCGUCAAAGCCUUCCUGGACAGCCUCGUGGAGGUGGACAGCACCCAGGCGGGCGAGGAGCCGGUGCCGGCGGCACCUUUUGGUCCCUCGGCCACCAUCAAGGAGGGCUACCUGCACGUGCGUGAGGCCGAGGAGCCCUCGCUGCUGCCCCGCUUCGCCUUCAAGAAGAGGUACUUCUGGCUCAGCACCGAGGCUCUGUCCUACUCCAAGUCCCCCGAGUGGCAGGCGCGCUGCCGCAUCCCCGUGCCGCAGAUGCGGGCGGUGGAGCGCGUGGACGAGGGCACCUUCCCGCAGCCCCACGUCAUGCAGGUCGUGGCGCAGGACGGCGCUGGGCAGCUCCGCACCACCUACAUCCAGUGCAAGGGUGCGCAGGAGCUGUGGCAGUGGCUGUGGGCGCUGCGGCGGGCCAGCAGCACCAACCAGGCCAUGCUGCCCACCUGCCACCCCGGCGCCUUCCGCGCCACCCGCUGGUCCUGCUGCCUGCAGCCUGCCCGUGCCGCACCCGGCUGCAGCCGGACCCACGGUGCCGUGGCCCUGGGCGAGUGGAGCGACCCCCUGGACCCCGCGGCGGCGGCGCAGAGCCUCUACGGGCACCUCCGGGCAGCGGGGGCACGGCUGCGGGAGGCGGCAGAGGGGGGGCCCGAGGGCGGCGCGGCGACGGAGCCCCCGCAGGAGGGGCAGGGAGGUGGAGCCGUCUGGGGGCGGCUGCAGGAGGUGCUGCGGGACCUGGACGUCGCCCACGAAGACUUCGCCCGCCGCCACGGCGUCCCGAGGCCGCCCACGGACACGGACACGGACACGGACACGGACACGGCCCCGCCGCCCGCCACUUGA